CCAUUUCAUUUCUUCUCUCUACUUGUCCGCCAAGCUUCCUUCCAUCUUUACUCUUUACUCUUUACUCUCACCGUGAAGUGCGAACUGCAAGUAAGAGCCAUGGACGAGGAGUAUGCCAUGGACGAUUCAAAUCAGUUGCUCGAAUCCGCCUCUGAUUUUGCAUAUCAGCCUGGCGUGCAAAACGAAGCUUCAGUGAAGGAAUUCCUUGAUCGAUUCCCUCUCCCUGUACUUAUCAACGCGUUGCAGAUCAAUGCGGACAUGCCUGGACUAGAAUCUGCGUUGGUUGUUUGCCUGGAGAGGGUGUUUAAGACGAAAUAUGGUGCCUCCCUCAUUCCGCAGUACAUGUCUUUUGUACAAGUUGGUUUUGACGCAGAUUCUCAAGAAAUUAGACGUUUAGCUUGCAAAACAGUGACCUGCCUUCUGGAGAAUUUGGAUGACAAAAGUGUUUCUGCUGCACGUCUUAUUGUUGAUUAUGAUGUAUAUCCACUUUUGCUCGAAUGUCUCAUUAAUGGCGAUGAAGAAGUUGCAACUGCAUCAAUGGAGGCAAUCAAGGAGUUGGCUAGAUCACCCAGUGGCAUCGAUCUCGUCUUCCCUGCUAACAAGGAUGUGCCUGCCCAUCUUGGCAAUUUGGCAGCCCGAUCUUCAUCAUUGGGACGUGUCCGAGUUUUAGCUUUGAUAGUGAAGCUGUUCGCUGUCUCCUUCUCCGUGGCAUCAGCAAUUUAUAACUCAAAUUUGCUUAGUUUAUUGGAGGCUGAAGUCAGCAACACAAAUGACACACUUGUGACUUUAAGUGUUCUGGAGCUCUUGUAUGAGUUGGCAGAAGUACAGCAUGGUACAGAAUUCUUGUCGAGGACAUCUUUCAUUCAACUACUUAGUUCUAUAAUCAGCAAUGCAUCAAUAGAAUCAGUUUUAAGGUCGAGAGCAAUGACGAUAGGUGGAAGGCUUCUGUCCAAAGAGAAUGUAUACAUGUUCAUUGAUCAAUCAAGUGCUAAGAUCAUCAUAUCAGCAAUUGAUCACCGACUUGAACUACGGGAAAGUCUUGAUCCAGAUGAAUGUGAAACUGCGCUUGAAGCGCUGGGUCAGAUAGGCUCAUCAAUACAAGGAGCAGCUUUACUACUUACAAGUUCGCCGCCUGCUGCAAGACAUGUUGUUGAUGUUGCUUUUGAUCGGCGAGGAAGUGGUAAACAAUUGGCUGCGUUGCAUGCUCUUGGAAACAUUUCAGGAGAAACUAGACCUACGAAUAUCAGAGUUCUGAAUGGUGAUGCCGAAGAAUGCCUUCGACUGCUGAUUUAUGAAACCGCAUCCAAAAGUUCAAAGCUGACACCAUCGGGUUUGUUUCUUUCUGUUCUUCAACAGGCCUCAGAAUUUCGUCUCGCGUGUUAUCGAAUUAUUACUGGAUUGGUGGCUCGACCAUGGUGCCUGAUGGAGAUAUGCUCAAAACAAGAGAUAAUUAAUAUUGUGACGGACGCAACUACAGAAAGCACAAAAAUAGGUAUGGAGGCUAGACACAAUUGCUGCAAGGCAAUCCAUAAGGCUUUUAUGUCAUCAAGCAAACUCAUCAGCAAUCCUGCUCUUACUGGAAUUGCUUCAGAGUUGCAGGAAGCUGUUAAUAGAGGUCCAUAUGCUGGAAGAAGACAUAUGGAAGCACAACCUGUUGUAAUGACAGCCGAGAGAUUCUAAUUUCCAACUUGAUCUAGGGCGGCAAUGUCCUGAGCCAGUUUUGAUGGAUGCUUUUUAACGAGCCAUGUGGUAUAUACUAUUUGAUAGUAAUGACUUGGCUAACUAGGCCAUUUAAGAGUAGAAGCCACCCAUUACAUAACUUGUUAAAAUGCGAUUUGUAGUCGUUCCUUUCUCGCUUGCCUCAUAUUUCUAGAAGUUGAAGGUGCUCAUGAGCAGUGUUGUGGAGUUAAAUUUUAAUUGUUCCUUUGUCGCUUGCCUCAUAUUUCUACAAGUUGAAGGUGCUCAUGAGAUGCGUUUUGUGUUAUGUGGAGUUUUAAAUGGAAGACUCGAUGACUUCUGACAAUUGCACUUGCAACCUUUAUAUACAUCAUUGUUGAAUAUAUGCCAGUUUCCA